UCACAAGCUGCUACAAUUAUAGAUCCGAAGCUCGCAGCUCGUCCCCCCCACCCACAGACACAACGCCCCACGCUGCCGCUGGUGAGGGGCGAGUGGCAGGACCUGCCUGUGCCCCCGAUCCCUGAGGGCCGGGGUGGGGAGCGGUGUGUCCCCCGGACCGGGCUCCCCGCGCAGCACCCCAGCUGUGCACAGCUGCAGCGCUGGGCCCGUACACGGCUGAUGCUAAUUGAGAGGAGCCUGCACAUUUAGUGAAUACAGCGAUUUGCUGGAAGACAUAAUUAGGCCAGAGUGAAUGUGCAGGGCUGUGCACAGCACGGGGACCUGCAGCCAGCAGAGCAGGAAUCUCCCUAAAAUCUUCCAUGUCAGACCAGCCCCUGGUCCGCUCUGCUACGUCCCGGUCAGGCAGGCGGCCAGCGGCCACCCCCUCCUGCUCGUCCCCCUCCGGAGGGACACACAGCGGGGACAGACCCACCGGCAGCUGGAUGUUGAGUCUCCUUUCACCUUUCUCCCUUUUGAGAGGCAUACAUCAGCCGGCGGAUAAAAGCCAAGCACUGAGAAGCCAUCUACACUUAUGUAAGAAGAGUGGUUUGAAGAGCUGUUUAUUAAUCUCAGGGAGAGUCAAAUGCUGCAUUUUGCCCAUAACAGCCUUGUACAAUCUUGCUGUUGGGUAACACGAAGGCUUCAGCUGAUUCUGAAGUAGCUGGAGCAGAGUGGUGCCUAUCCAGAAAUAGAGAAGUAUUUUUAAAUGAAAUGUAUUCACCGAUUUUCCAGCAGACAGAUUGUUAUGUGUUUGUUGGUGUGUCAUUAGAAGUAGCUGGUGGUGGAGCCGGGCUGAGCAGCAGCGAGCCGACGGAUGGGCACCAUCCUCACUGUGCACAGGGCGGUCACCGGGGCCCUUCCUCCUCCUCCUCCUCCUCCUGCCACUGCCUGGUCUGUGCACCGAGAGCUGCGGUGGCAGUCCAAGAGGGAACAGAGGGGACUAAACCUGACACCAGGCUUGUGAGAAUUUGGGCCAGACCCAGACCAGGCUUUGGCACCUCUAAGCUGGAACCUGCGAUGCCUGAUCUCAGGCAGUGGGUCCCCCGUGGGUGCAGCUGGUGGGUGACAGGGUGACACUGCCACCUCCACCGGCAACAGACACCCUGCACACCCGUGUGGGUGACGGGGCUUUGGCAGGAGACACGAGCCCUUGGGGCUGCUGCCCGCUGGUGCUGGCGUUUCCCUGGGGUGACGGCACUCCCUGCUCCGGUGCCCGUGGUGGGACACAGAGCUGCUGGUGGCACCGCGGCCCCGGUGCCCGUGGUGGGACACAAUGCUGCCGGUGGCACCGCGGCCCCGGUGACCGUGGUGGGACACAAUGCUGCCGGUGGCACCGCGGCACCGGUGACCGUGGUGGGACACAGAGCUGCCGGUGGCACUGCGGCCCCUCCCGCAGCGCCGGGCUGAGGUUGCUGUUCUGUGCUCCCGCAGCUUCAUCCCUCUCUGCUUGCUGGUACAUUCAGGUCCAGGGCAGUGGAAAAGCACAGAACACCAGGCACUAAAUCCCGCCUCGCUGGGGUUUGCCUGAUAAGGGCUGACUCUGCAGGGAUGCAAUUUUCAUUUUUUAAGACAAGAAAUAAGGGUUUCCAAGCAGCAACAGACCGAGCACCAUCUAACAGGCCUUUGGAAGGUGCUUUGAUCCCUGCUCAGCUGUUCUUCACGCAGGUCUGACCACAGAAAAUGUCAGGCUUCAGUUAGCUAAUUAAACACAGAUGCAACUAAGAGCACUGCACUUCCAGUGCGCCAGGUGCAGAGCGGGGCUGCAGCUCCGCGGGGAAGCCCGGGGUUAUAAACAGGGCUGCUCAAAAAGCCCCAGUCCUGGAGGGGACAGGCCUGGUGCAGGAUGGCGGCGUGGAGGGGCGGUGUCAGUUUGCUGUAAGAUGAGAGGAACUACUAGAUACCUUGAAUUAUACAUUGUGUGGCUGGGGAAGGCUGCGGAGAGUUUUCCUUUGGACCCAAAGCUCUCGGAGCUGAUCUCCAGGACCUGCAGCCUGACAUCCCACGAUGGACGAGCACCAGAAAAAGCUCGGUCAUCGGCAUGAGGGAAGGCCCCGCAAAGUCAGGUUCAAGAUAUCGUCCUCGUACAGCGGCCGCGUGUUAAAACAGGUCUAUGAAGACGGGCAGGAGCUGGAGCCCCCGGCCAAGGAGCACUCUCGGCGUUUUCUGCGCCACAGCUUCGAGCCAGGGGACCGUUUCUGCGGGGCUGGGGAAGCACCAGAGAACAGGUUUCACCCGCCGGCCACGCUCACUGCCCGGCGGAUCAGCAUCUUCAGAGAGGACACGGAACUCGGCCUGACCAGCCGCUCGCCGCUGCCCGGCGGCUGCCAGCCCAGCCACAGCCGCUGCCCGGCUUCCCCAAUUCUAGAUUUUGGCAAGAUCAUCAUCUACACUAAUAACCUGAAAAUCAUCCGUGCACCGAUGGACCAGAAAGAGCUCAUGAGAAGAAUCAUCCAGGCAGAGGGAAUAAAUGACUGGGCCUUCAUAUACCGGGAACAGAAAGAGAGAUUUGGUAGUGGACAUAAAAAAGAUGUGGAAAAAAAGGCUGUCUGCAACCAGUACGUGCAGGACGGGGCCGCUGAACACGGCUGCUCGCAGUGCAAAGGCUCGGGCUCCGCUCCCUGCUCGCUGUGCCACGGCAGCAAGUUUUCAAUGCUGGCAAACAGGUUCAAGGAGUCCUACCGCGCUCUGCGGUGUCCGGCGUGCAACGAGAGCGGGCUGCAGCCCUGCCGGGUCUGCGCCUGACCGGCACCGCCGUCCCGAGCAGCACCGGCACCCCCCAAAUUGUGCUGAAAACCUGGAGCUGUUUAACCUUCGAGCAGCCUUGCUACAAUGACAAGUUUUUAAACGAUGGGAAAGACACGUUAUACACAUCUCACCAAAACAGCGAACACUUCACCUCAGCUACCAACUGUCAUCUUUGUCUACUACAUACGCCCGUCUAACUUUAAACCCAGCCCAGACCUGGGUUCUGCAGAGAUGCCGUCUCAGGCGUGAACGGACCCGCUGACACCAGGGAAAACUGUGUUUGGGAGGGAAGCACCUGUGCAAGUGUGUCCGCAUCUGGAGCUCAGCCAGAUCUGCUGGCACCGACCCCGCUGGGUACCCGGUGCCCGGCAGAGCCGCGUCCCAACCGCCGGCGCCCGGUAACGGCAGGACAAGCAGCAGCAGCAGCGGUGCGGUUUGGUGUCAGGCCUGUUUGUACCCAGCGGAGCAGUGCCUCCCCUGCGUUAACUGCUGGAUGUUUAAACUGCCCUGUCCGCUGCAGUUAACUCUGAAACGGCCCCUCGGUGUCACAAGCAUUUCCUGCAGAUUUUGCUGACUCUCACAUCUGCUUUAGCAGACACCAUGAUUCAUCUGGGGGCUGAUUUAUGGGAGGAUAUUGAAAAUAUCUUCCCAAACCUGGAGCUAUUAAAAAUGUACAAUAAUUUAUUAUUGUAAAUAGAACUUAUUAAGUUUUUAGCCUUGUGAGGAAGUGCUGAACUAAAACUCCCCUGCAUGAUGCUCAGCACUUUACAGUACCAGGCUGGUAGUGAGCUGGACUUUGGUUGCUUAAUAUUAAUCCCAUGAUGUAAUCUUUAGAAGGUAAGCUCUAAUUAGCCGGGGCCAAGCAAUGAUGUGGGAUACCAUGCCCCUGGUGGCACAGAACACAGGGGCUUCAAAUGGUUGAGGUGAGGAGGGGAAAUGGUAUUUUUUCCCCAAAGCAUGAACUGAUUACAUUUUAUAUUCACGAGUGCUGUUAACGCAGCUGUAACUCCCAAAUUGCCUCUGAGAGUCUGGUGAGCCAAGAGACUGCUCCCAUCCACUUCAUGCUGAGGUUGCAGGGCUGGACGGGGUAAUUUACGGCCAAGUUUCUGUUUUCCUACGGUGGGUUAUAAGAUACUUAAACAAUUAGGAAUAAUCCUGCUGUAGCUCUUAGGCUCCCAUAUGACUCCUACUGAAAUUGUUUGGUGAGUACUGAGGGUUUAUUUUUUUAAAGAAGUGCAUAAUCUAUGGCAGAUAACUUGAUUGGCUUCAUUUAUCACAGUAUCACAGUAUUUAUCCUAUACAGGAUCUGCAGUACAAAAAACGCAGUCCUUUGGGUGUUCAUGGAGGGCAGAGGAGACCUUACAAACCAGAAACUGCUGGCGAGUGCAUCUCUUCCCUCAGAUUUGACCUGUUUGAUCUCAGAGGUUGCUGGGCUUGUUUAAAAGUUUGCUGGCUUAAAAUAAGACACAGGCAACCAGGCAAAAUUGUUGCCCGAUAAUGUUUACAAUAAAACUAGGUGCAAAUAUGCAUUUAUAAAAUCAGUAAUUAUCGUUCUUCAGUAAUUAGGCUGUUUCUCAACCCGUGGCUCUGGCUGUGUCAGCUGUUCCCGUCCAGCCCCACGCGUCACGGGCGCGCUCGCAGCCACGAGCCGAGAGCCGAGCGGGUGCGCGGCCCCGCCGGGUUGGGGGUUUGCUCCCCUCUGCUUUAAACGCACCCCAUUUAUUUUUGGUAGUGCACCGCCCUGAUUUACCAAU